GAUAUUAUCGUGAAACCUCGUUCCCAAGGCAUCUUUUAUCUUUUCUGACUUCGGGACUGCCGUGCUGAUAUGAAAAAAAAGACAACAUGCGCUGGGAACAAGGUUGAUUAUCGUGUUAAUCAUCAAAGUUUGCACGUGUCCGGUACUUUGAAUUUAUUGAGGAUGAACGUUGGUAUCUCUCCUUGAAUAAACAAUAUUCGUUUAAAUAAAAAUUAUAAAUUUCAGAUUUAAUGAAACUUCAACGGAAUACUAACUUUGACAAAAAAAACUUAUCGUUGUUGUUGUUUCUUUCGUAAUAAUUUGUCUAACCUGCUUACUUAUUUUUAAGCUAUGUAGAGACAUUUUCCUAUGCAAGAAGCAAUAUCAAUCUAUAUCUCACGCUAUUAAAAUUUAGUUUACUACUUGGUAUCCAGCAAUCUUGAAAAACAGCACAAGUCAAGAAAAUAUAAAAUUAGUCAGGGUAUUUAUUAUACUCGUAUACGUCUUUCACGCAAAAAGGUACCGCAAGUAGCGACGAGACGCACGUGAAAAGAAAGAUUAAUAUUUUAAUGAUAAAAAUUUCGGGGAAAAAUGAAAAUAAAAAUUGACUAGCCACCUUCCACUGAAAUACAUUUCAAUACUAAAGCGUAUAAAGUAAUCGAGUGAAAACCAUGGCAACCCGUAUUUGUGCACAAAAAUUUGUUUUAUCGAGUUUACUGUGGAAAGCCUCUUGUUCAGUCAUGCAAUUUAUAACUUCGCUCUUUUUUCUACACGCUCUCCUUCAUCGUUAUUUCUUUUCUGUACCUUUUCUCAAGUCGUAAGUAGACACUGUGAAGGAGAGCGUUCAAAGGCGGUUACUUUGAGCAUGAUUAUUCUGCGAUUUUUAAAAAUUGUUCGCACGCUCGAAACAUCGAGCCAAAUUGAACGACCUACUUAUAUUCACACAAUGGUUGCUAAUUUAUCUUGUUAAAAAUAAAAAUAAUUAUAUUUUCUAUACUUGAAACUUUACAUUUAAAACAUUACUUUCAAACAUGGCGGAUGUAACUACAAGCGAUAAAGAAGAAGCAGAUUCGGAUGCUCCAUCAUUUACUGUGGAGGAAGCCAUCGAAGCAAUAGGUUUUGGGAAAUUUCAGAUCAAAGUAUUAGCAAUGAUCGGAUUUGCAUGGAGCGCUGACUCUUUAGAAAUGGCUCUUUUAGCAAUAUUGGCCCCUGCAAUACGAUGUUAUUGGAAUCUCACACACUGGCAUGAGGCGUUUUUAACAACAGUUGUGUUUGUCGGAAUGUUUCUGGCAACCUAUUUAUGGGGAUACGGAAGCGAUAAUUACGGUAGACGAAAGGUGUUAAUGGUUGCAACAUUGGGCAUCUUUGUGUUUGGCUUAUCUAGCGCCUUUGCACUUAAUUAUGCGAUGAUCUUAGUGUUCAGAGGUCUUGUUGGAACAUGCAUGGGUGGGGUCGUACAAGGCACAACAUUAAUAGUUGAAUUUUUACCAAGCGCGACUAGAGGCUUAACCGUGAACAUUGGUAGUAUAUUUUGGUCGCUAGGCACGUCAUUUGAAAUUAUAUUAGCCAUGUUUGUUAUGCCUCGCUAUGGAUGGAGAGUGUUAUUAUUUGUAUCAGCGUGGCCAUGUUUGAUAUUCGUCAUCAUAGCUUUGAUUAUCAAGUAUCCUCCAGAAAGCGCAAGAUUUCUUGUUUCAAAAGGAAGAAUAGACGAAGCGUCCACCAUCUUGAAACGCGCUGCUAAAGACAAUAAAUCAACGCUACCGGAAGGUACCUUAAGAGAUCAAAGUAGUGAAGUUGAGAAAAAUGACCACGGUAACAUUUUAGCAAUGUUUAAGAAUGGAUAUUGGAAAGUUACUAUAGCGUUAUGGAUUAUAUGGUUUGCGUCUCAUUUUAAUAUAUACGGUUUAGCUUUGCUGACGACUGCAUUAUUUUCUAGUUCUUACACCUGUUAUGGGAGUGUGAACUCUACUGCAACAGCUGCUGCUAAUUCGUGUAAAGUGCUGACUCAGGAAGAUUAUGUUAGUUUCUUCUAUGUAUUACUGGCUGACUUUCCAGCUGUGUUGUUGACCGCAUUUCUAGCGGAUACAGUAGGAAGAAAAUGGUUGCAAGCAAUUGGUUUUUUUACUAUGGGUAUCUUUUUCUCGCUGCUUGCCAUAUGUACAGGAAGUCGAGCGUGGACAACCUUCAUUCUGUUCGGUGUUCGUUGUUUUGCAGCUGUAGCUGAUAUAGGUGGUUAUAUAUACACUCCAGAGGUAUAUCCAACGCACAUACGUGGUAUGGCGUUGGGAUCAUGUUCUGGGAUAUCGAGACUUGGUUGCAUGCUUACUCCGUUUGUUUCUCAAGUUGUGACGCAUUACUCAGUUCACUUGUCACUAGCUAUCUACGUCUCGCUGUCUUUGCUGGGAGGAAUAUGUUCUUUACUUCUACCGAUUGAGACAAAAGGAAAAGGUUUAGAGGAAAUAAACAAUGAUUUAAAAAGCCUCAGUAAAGACUUUUCCGCCGUAGACGUUUCUUGUGCUGAGGAAUGUGAAGAUACAACUAGGCUAAUAAGCAAAGAUUCUAAAAGCCCAUACGGAUGAG